AUUAUAAUACCACAACUCCCAGCCCACGCCCUCCUCUCAAACGGCUAUUUCCUUUUGCUCUCGGCAGUCGGCUCCGCUCCCUUCGGCUCCUCCUCGGCGUCGCUCCCAUUUCUAGGGUUACGGUCGCCGGCGAUUUCCUCGCUUAUUAUGCCGAUUUGAUCGCCUCCCUGGCUGGCGGAUCAGUAGAGGAUCGGUGGGUGCGACGAUGAGGCGGUCGAGGCUGGAGCUGUCCUUUAAUCCGUUUACUCGGAAGAGGUUCCUGCACUUUCUCCUUGUUCUCGGGAUUCUCUACCUCUCUUUCCUCCUCCUGUGUGAGUUCCCCUUCGUAUUCCACGGAUUCACGCCGCUUGGCGCCGCGGGCGGCCUCCUCGGUGGCGACGCGGUGGCCCGUCGAGUCUCCCUGCAAAGCGAGGAGGACACCCAAGGGAUCUAUGCCCCUGUUCGUCCCUUUUUAUUCCCUUAUCGACCGGAAGUUUCCGCUGCAGCUCCUAUCCCGCACUGCUUGCCGCUCGAGACUCUGAGCUCGCGAUCGCUGAUCGUUUCCGGUUUGGCGCAGUUGGAGCUCAACUCGAGCAGUAGGGGAGCCUUUUCGGAUCUCCAUAAGUCGGCGUGGGACGCGUGGGAGGUGGGGAGGAGGGUUUUUGAAGACCUCAAGGCUUCUCCGGCGCCGUCUGCUGCGGCUCCAACGCAGGGGAUUCGGGUGGAACAGAACUGCCCGAACUCGAUCAUGUUGUCCGGAGCGGAGUUUCAGGAGCGAGGGAGAUUGACGGUGCUUCCUUGUGGGCUGACGUUGGGGUCCCAUAUCACUCUGGUGGCAAGGCCACGCAGGGCGCACCCCGACUAUGACCCAAAGAUAUCGGUUCUGAAGGACUCGGAGCAGGCCCCGAUGGUUUCUCAGUUCAUGAUGGAGCUAAAGGGGCUUAAAACUGUGGAUGGCGAAGACCCUCCAAGGAUUCUCCACUUUAACCCCCGGUUAAAGGGCGAUUGGAGCGGCAAGCCAGUGAUGGAGCUGAACUCCUGCUACCGCAUGCAGUGGGGGUCCGCUCAGCGAUGUGAGGGCUGGAAGUCCAAGUCCAGCGAGGAGACAGUUGAUGGUCUGGUUAAGUGUGAAGGGUGGACUCGAGAUGAAGAUACCCAGGUGGAAGAGACAAAGAAGUCAUGGUGGUUUAAGAGAUUAAUUGGUCCGGCAAAAAUCUCAUUUGAUUGGCCAUAUCCAUUUGUUGAAGACAAAUUGUUUGUUUUAACAUUAACUGCUGGUUUAGAGGGUUAUCAUAUUAAUGUUGGUGGGAGGCAUGUUGCAUCCUUUCCAUACCGUACUAGUUUCGCCCUUGAAGAUGCCACCGGCCUGUCAUUGAAUGGAGAUCUCGACAUUGAGUCAAUAUAUGCUGUUUCAUUGCCUGCUAGGCAUCCUAGUUUUUCCCUGAAAAGGGAACUGGAGAUGUCUGCUCAGUGGCAGGCUCCUCCACUUACUGAUGAGCCUAUAGAACUUUUCAUCGGCAUCCUUUCUGCAGGAAACCAUUUUGCAGAACGUAUGGCAGUCAGAAAAUCGUGGAUGUCUGCAUUAACUAGAUCAUCAAAUGUGCUGGCAAGGUUCUUUGUUGCGCUGAAUGGAAGAAAGGAGGUGAACAUGCAAUUAAAACUGGAAGCAGAAUUCUUUGGGGAUAUUGUUAUAGUACCUUACAUGGACAGUUAUGAUCUAGUUGUUUUGAAGACUGUUGCUAUCUGUGAGUAUGGGGUUCGAAAAGUAUCCGCCAAAUAUAUUAUGAAGUGUGAUGAUGACACAUUUGUGAGGCUUGACUCAGUACUCAAGGAAGUGAAUAAAAUCCCAUCCGAUAGAAGCCUUUACAUUGGGAAUAUUAAUUAUUACCACAAGCCUCUUCGCUUUGGGAAAUGGGCUGUGACAUAUGAGGAAUGGCCAGAGGAGAACUACCCACAUUAUGCUAAUGGUCCAGGCUAUGUUAUAUCUUCUGAUAUUGCAAAUUAUGUUGUUUCGGAGUUUGAAAAGCAUACACUGAGAUUAUUCAAGAUGGAAGACGUGAGCAUGGGCAUGUGGGUGGAGAAGUUCAACAUUACUAAGAACCCCGUGGAGUACGUCCACAACCUCAAAUUUUGCCAGUUCGGUUGCAUUAACGAUUACUACACCGCUCAUUACCAGUCCCCUAGGCAAAUGAUGUGCAUGUGGGAGAAACUGCAGGCAGGAAAACCUCAAUGUUGCGACAUGAGAUGACGAUAGCUGUGCAAGCAUCCUUCACCACCAGCAGCUCAGAAGCCAAUUUUGCAAGUUAUAACAGAGCAGAGGCUCGAGCCAUCUCCAAUCCUAGAGAGUCAUGUGUAUGGUACGUCAAGGUAUGAUUUAGUGCAAGCAUCCCUUGCCAGAUUCAUUUAUUAUUUCGUCCUUUUGGGUUGAUUUGGGAAGAAAGGAGGGAACUGGACUAGGAAUAUGAACUGAUGUUUUGGUAGGUCUCUACCAUGAGCUACGUAGGAUGUAAUUUAAUGUAAUACACAUUGGAGAUUUGAUUUCAACGAGUCCCCUAAUGCAAAAGUAUUACAUUUGACUGAUUGUUGGGCUCUA